CCCGAGCCAAGCAAUGGCCACCACGCCAGCACGGCUUCCCCUUCCUUCCGCCACCAUGUCCAGCUCCCCCUCCCCGUCUCCCGCCACGCGCCGCCCCUUCCAACCCGCGUCCCUUUCUCUGCCCCCGCCGGCCGCCCGAACCCUAUAUAUACAUACAUGUCGUCGCUCUCCUUCCUCCCUCCCUCCCGACCAUACGACCUCGAUCACAAAACCAUUGCUAGCCAGCUGCAGAUAAGCGAAUCCAUCGACCAAUCGAUACCUUACAAGAUGGACCACUGCGGCGUGGGCCUCUAUGGCGAGUACGCGACGGUGACGUCGGCGCCGCCCAAGCGGCCGGCGGGGCGGACCAAGUUCAGGGAGACGCGGCACCCGCUGUACCGGGGCGUGCGGCGGCGCGGCGCCGCGGGGCGGUGGGUCUGCGAGGUGCGCGAGCCCAACAAGAAGUCCCGCAUCUGGCUCGGCACCUUUGCCACGCCCGAGGCCGCCGCGCGCGCCCACGACGUCGCCGCGCUCGCGCUCCGGGGCCGCGCCGCCUGCCUCAACUUCGCCGACUCCGCGGCCCUGCUCCGCGUCGACCCGGCCACGCUCCGCACGCCCGAGGACAUCCGAGCAGCCGCCAUGGCGCUCGCCCAGGCCGCCUGCCCCCACGACGCCGCGUCCUCCUCUGCCCCCGCCCUGAAGGCGGCCUCCGCUCCGGCGCCAGCGAUGGUGAUGGUGCAGGAGGCCGCCGCGGCGCCGUACGACAGCUAUGCCACGGCCCUGUACGGCGACUUGACGGACCUGGACAUGCAUUCCUACUACUGCUACGACGGGAUGAGCGGCGGCGGCGACUGGCAGAGCAUCCCGCGUAUGGACGGAGCCGACGAAGACGGCAUCUACGGCGCAGGAGACGUCGCGCUCUGGAGCUACUGAUUGUCUGAGAUUGAUCGGCCGGUUUGUUCAGCUACCGGGUCCUGCUCAAGUGCUGCUGCGCAACGUCGUCAUACGAUGAAGAAGAUGAAACAGAGUUCCUGGGGAAGAAAGAUCCAUGCCAGCCGCAGGACAUGUCACAGCACCACCGGCAGGCCGGCGCCGCCUCCUCCGCGUGCCCAUGCAAUCUGUCGAUCGGCAGGGCGUACUUCUUCUGGGAGGUCACGUGGUCAGAACGGACUGAGAUUUGAGCGAAGUGUUGCCUGAACGCACGACAUACUUGCAUCAGCGAGUUUCAAGCACGCCUACUCUGCUUCCCCUGUUCUUCAAAAGUGGCGCUAAAACUGCACAAUCCCACAUGAGCUAGUUUUCGUAGGGUAUAGUGCUAGCAAAAAUAUGCACACCCAGUUUGCUGAGUGAUUAUACAACCAGAAGACCUCACUCCAAUUUAUUUUUCCCUUCUAUGUAAAUACUCCCUCUGUUCAUAAAUAUACGUCAUUUUAGAGAUUUACAUAUAAACUAUAUAUAAAUGUAUAUAAAUGCUUUUUAA